GACAAGGAUGCAGCGUUAGUCAAUCCGCCCUUUCAGAUCUUAUCGGACACACCUCCACAAAGGGAUGAUAAAGUACCACAGAAUCUCCUUCAAACUGUAAACUGCAUUGAUGAGAGAUCACCUGCCCUGUCGCCUCUGAGCAAAGAGAUGACUUACAGAAAGCUCCAGAAAAGGUGGACUUUUUUGUGGAUCACCUUUCUCAGCCUGGCUUGUUUGUUCCUUUCCUUUGUUUUUUGGGAAACCGCCAUUGACAGAAGUUCGCCCUCUCAAUUUCAUAUCCCGGAGCAGUUUUCCGCUGACCUGCCUGGCUGUUUAGCUAUCAUCACUGGAGAUGUAGAGGGCACCAAGGCUGAAGUAGAAGAGCUUCUAGCAUCCAGGAGUAAGAAAACAACUCUUUCUGAGGAUUUCUACAUUAAUGCAACAAAGGAUUGUGCAGCUUACAUUGAGAACAGAGGCUUCGUUACAGUGCCUUUAAGUGAGGAGGAGCUAAAUUUUCCUAUUGCAUACUCCAUGGUGAUCCACGAGAAGAUAGAGAUGUUUGAACGACUCCUACGAUCUAUUUAUGCUCCGCAGAACAUCUACUGCGUCCAUAUUGACCAGAAGUCUUCCCCGUCUUUUCACAGGGCUGUGAAAGAAGUAGUUUCCUGCUUUCCCAAUGUUUUUGUAGCCAGUAAAUUAGAAAGUGUCGUGUAUGCUUCAUGGUCCAGAGUGCAGGCAGAUCUGAACUGCAUGAAAGAUCUGCUGCACUCUGAAGUUCGGUGGAAAUACCUUUUGAAUACCUGUGGGACAGACUUUCCCAUCAAAACCAAUAGGGAGAUGGUGAUGGCUCUGAAAGUCCUCAAUGGGAGGAACAGCAUGGAAACUGAAGUCACCAGUGUCUCCAAGAAAGGUCGCUGGCAGUACCACCACAAUGUCACCAACGGCGUCAUCAGAACAGACGUGAGAAAAAGCCCGCCGCCCAUCAGUAGCCCAAUGUUCUCAGGAAACGCCUACUUUGUGGUCUCUAGGGCCUUUGUGAAAUACGUGAUGCAGAACAGAGAGGUUCAGAAAUUCAUGGAAUGGGAAAAAGACACAUACAGUCCAGACGAACACAUGUGGGCCACCCUGCAGAGGAUGUCCUCGGUUCCUGGAUCAGUGCCCCCAAACGGCAAAUAUGACACGUCAGACAUGCUGGCUCUCGCCCGAGUCGUCAAGUGGUCUUAUUUAACAGGAGACGUGAAAAAAGGAGCUCCGUACUAUCCGUGUACGGGGACCUACAGGAGAGCCGUGUGUGUGUAUGGCGCCGGCGACCUCCUGUGGCUCCUGAGACAGCAGCACCUCUUUGCAAAUAAGUUUGACCCAGAAGUCGAUGACAUUUCCAUCAGGUGUUUGGAGUCAGUUCUGCGUUUCAAAGCUUCGGGUCAUGACCCCCUGCGUUCUCUGCAAUAUCCAAACCUCUUGUAGAAUCUAAAAUGUAUAUAGUUUUCUUUUCAAACAGAGCAGGUGAAGUUUGAGAAGCUUCGUACCUUAUUGCAAUAGAACAUCCGAUUGGUAUUAGCUGGUUUAAGAUUCUCACAGGGUGAUGACCCCGAGUAAACAUACAAGGUCGGUAUCAUCAGUGAAAUGUCAAAAAUAAAGUGUGUUAUUUUUUAAAAUUUUUAUUACUGGCUGUUAAACACAUUUUAUUACAGUUGUAAUGUUAUCUGUAAUGCGUUUGAUGUGCAAAUUUGUCUUGUAGGAAUUAGGCAAAUAAAAUGCAAUUGCUUACUGCUGCUAGCUUACUAGCAGAGCACAGGUGUACAUUUUUUUUUUAAACUUUACUUAUUGUGUCAGAAUGGUAUUCAGUUUCUUAUGCAAUGUUCCAAAUCUUGAAUUUCAAUCAAAUCUGCACAUUUUGUGGA